AUGGGUACAUUACCGGUUGAAUGUGUUGAAGGAAUCUUGCAAUUUCUUGAGGAUGAUAUAGAAUCACUUCAUUCAUGUGUUUUAGUUAACCGACUUUGGUGUAGGUCAGGAAUUUCAUUACUAUGGAGCCAGCCAUUUUCAUUUGUUGGGAGACGAGCACAUAAAAUUAUAGAUGUUUACAUACUGUUUCUAACUGAUGAAAAAAAAGAAUUCUUUAAAAGACUAGACAUUAACGGGUUAAGAAAUUCGAUAAGAUGCUGGCUAAUCAAUUAUUACUACGAUAAUUUAAAACUCGUUAAAAUUUACGAGGCUUUUAUUGCAGAGUUAGAUGAUCCAUUUGCAAAAUCCAAAACGAUUCUUUCAACACUCGAAGAAUUUUUAUUUUAUUAUUCAGGAUUAGUAACAGAUAGAGAAUUUGAAAUUGUUGGUAAUUUAUUUAUAGAUUUAACGGAAUAUUCUUCUAGGAUUGAGUAUGCGCAUAUAGAUUUUAAUGGGUUACCUGUUGAGCCCAUAGAUCUUGAUGAAUUUGAUUCACUGAUUUCAUUAUUUUUAGAGUCGCAGAAUUCUUUAAAAGAUCUAACCAUUGCAAUAUUAUGGUCGAAUUCUGCAGCUUCUUUAGUAAUGCAAAGUUUAUCUAGUGAUUUAUUAUCAAACUCUCUAAAAUAUUUAAAGCUUCACCAGCUAUCACAAAAUAGUUAUCAUCAGUUAUUAAAUAUUUUACACCUAUUAAACAAUUUAGAAACUUUACAAAUAAUUGGGUUUUACGAGGAGAAUAUCGAAGAUUUGAAGGAAUUCAGUGAUGAUGAUGACAAAUUAAAACCGAUUAAUUUAAAAAAUUUACAUUAUGAGGGAUCCGGAUCAGAAUAUGACAUAUUUAUUUCAUUACAUCCCAUAAUCAUAAUGUCUAGCUCUAAUUUAAAAACAUUAUCAACCGAUUUCGUUACCACAGAAUUAUUAGAAACAAUUUCGAAAUAUUGUGUAAAGUUAACACAUUUGUCAAUUUCUUUAAUAAUAAAUGAAAUACCCGAGAUAUUAUUCAGUUUAUUUGAUUCACUUAAAAAUUUAAACCAUUUAUCAAUCUAUACAAACUCGGCAGAUGUUCCAUUUACCUCAACCGAAAAUUUAUCAACAUUUUCUAGAAAAAUUCCCAAAACUUUAAAAUAUUUUGGGUUUGAUUUUUUAAUUUCUCCUGAUAUAUUAGAUUUUUUCCUAAAAGAAUGCAGAGCUUCGUUACAAGCAUUAGCUAUUUACAGGAGCGAGAUGGUUAAUGAAGAAUUAUUAAUUGUCAUUGAAAAACAUUUUAAAGAGAAAAAAUCUUUAAAACGAUUAUUAAUAGAUCCUCUUGAUUGUGAUUUCCAAAUGAAUAAAUACGAAAUACCAAUCAUUUCACGCACAAUCGAUCCUUGUUAUCCUUUCAGCGGACCUUCCACAAAAGAAUAUGAAAACAAAUGGGAUAAAGAUAUUUUUGUUGAUUUCGAUAAUGAAUUAUGA